CAUGAUAUCAGAUAUAUUAAACCGAGCCAUCAAGGUAUUCAGUCAUUGUGUUUCGCGUUAUAAUUUUUUAUUGAUUUGAGAAUUAAUAAAUUAUUUUAGUUAAAAUUGUAAUUUCUACGUUAUCAUUUUUAGUGAAACAUUUUUCGAAGAUAUGGUAUACCUAUAAGUGUUAACCAUUUCCAAAUGGUAAAAAUGGCCCAAUUUUUAUUUAGAGGACUCCGGCAGUACAGUACGAAAUUGGGGAAAACAGCAUUGUGUUGCAAAUGUGAGCUGAAUACAUUCAAAUUGAUAUCGUAUGUGCGUCCAUCAUUCUGUUUAUCGUUAAACAAGUUCUAUAGUUCUGAAGUAGAAAAAAAAUCUGAAACAUUAGAAACAUCCCGUUUGAUCGAUCAAUUAGAUUUAUUUGGUGAAAAUAAAGAUGAAAGACAAAAAGAGAAAGACAAGGCCAUAAAAAAUUUGAAAAUUGGUUUUUUUUUUAUUGGUGCUUCAUUAAUAUUGGUAUUGGGCUCUGGCCUUUAUGUCUUAAUGGAUGAGAAUUACUAUAAACAUGAUGAAGAUGAAAAAGAAUCGUAUUUAUUACGUUUAUAUAAGCGUGGAACAAAUGCAAUUGGUGGAUUUUUUGAGUCUAUGAGAGCUCCUUCAUAUGAAAAAUUAUUACCAGAUCCAUUACCUUAUCCAUAUAUUCAACCGCCAUACACAUUAAUAAUAGAAAUGACAGACUUGCUCAUUCACCCUGAAUGGACAUAUACAACUGGAUGGAGAUUUAAGAAGAGGCCAAACGUAGAUCAUUUUCUUGAACAAGUAUCUCAAAACUAUGAAAUAGUUGUGUUCACAGCUUCAAAUGGCUUCAAUGUUUAUCCAAUUUUAGACAGUUUGGAUAAAAAUAAUGUAAUUAUGUAUAGACUUGUUAAAAAUGCUACAGAUUACAUUGAUGGGCAUCAUGUGAAAAACUUAGAUCGUAUUAACCGUGAUUUAUCUAAAGUAAUUGUGAUCGAUUGGAAUGUAGAUUCAGUAAAAUUACAAAGAGAAAAUGCAUUAGUAAUUCCUAGAUGGACGGGUGAAGACAGUGACCAACAAUUGAUUCAAUUAGCAGAGUUCUUAAAUGUAGUUUCUGCCAGCGAAGUAACAGAUGUAAGAGAAGUUUUAUCAUAUUAUAAACAGUUUAAUAACCCACUCGAAGUUUUCAAAGAAAAUCAAAGGAAAUUGUUGGAAAUGCAAGAAGAACAAAAACUUAUCUCUGGCUCACUUCCAGUAAACAAAGCUAGAGGUUCCUGGAAAGAUAAAUAUCUAUAUGGAAAAUAAAUUUUUAAUUAUUACAUAUUUGUGUUGUUUUUUUUUUAUUUAUAUUAAAAAUAAAUAGUAGAAAUGAAUACCUAAUGUUUGACUUUUAUUUUAAAUAGAGAAAGAACCUGCCCAUUUGCAAGGAGAAGUUGAAUACAUUUUUUUAUUAUUACUAAAUAACCUAUUUACAAAUGGAUGGAUGAAGAAAGGUGAAGUCACAUUUUGUCAAAUUUUACAUUAUACAUCAAUUUUUUAAGGAAUUUCACUGCGAACUGAUUGGUGACACAGAAAUGUAUCUAUAAUCUAUCUGCUUUUAGUGUUGUGUGUCAUGAUAACAUGUACAUUUAAAUAUUCUAUAAUAUAGACUAUAUUAUAUCAGGAGUUGGGAACCUUUUCAAGUAAAUAAGCUUUUUUUUAAAAAAAAUUGUAAAACCAUGAUUUUCAAAGAGCCGCAAUGGUUAAGAUAAAAAAAACAUUGGUACCAAAGUACAAAAAAUAACUAAUAUAUUUUUCUAAGCAAUUUCAUUGGGAAUUGGUAGACAUAUAAUCAAACUUUCAUUGGCAUUUUAUGGGUCCAGCUCUAGAUCUAGAAAGUCUAUAUAUUGAUUAAUUUUCUUAAGAGACAGAUUGCAUGUUAAAAAGCCGCAGGUUCCCAAUCCCCGAUAUAUAUACAAGGUUAUAUUAUAAACUUUUAGUAAAUUAUUCAGUUUUCUUGGUCUCCUAAAGUUAUAUAAUUUGACUUGUACCCAGGGCCAUAUUUGAUAGAAGGUUUUAAGGACACUUACUCUGGGCAGCAGAUGUGUAGAGGGGCUUCUAGAUGCCGAAAUACUAUAUAAAAAAAAAUUUAAAACUUUUGACUCUUGGCUUAGGAAAUUUAUGAAAAAAAAAAUAUUGAUUUGUAUUUAUAUAAUUUGGGCUACAAAUCAAUACGUCAAGAUUUCAUGAGACAACAUAAUGGCAAUGGGGCAUCCAACAAUCACAAAGUAUUUUAGUAUUUAGGUAUAAAUGUUCUAGUAGUUAUAUGAUUUAUUUUUGAAUACAAUAAAUAAACACUUAACAGCUAAUUUAGUCGUUCAGUGUCCAGUGUUUGAACUGUUGCGUGCAAGCAUAUACUUUCGUUUCAUGUAGUCGUGUAUGCGUAAUUACAUUCGGUUUUUUUAGAUUCUGAGUGUAGCGAAGAAUGUAUUAGUUUUACAAAGAUGUUUAUUAUUUUUAUUUUUUAUCUGAACACGGUUUCUACCAGAAACCUUACUCUGAUGUAUACGAUGUAGAACCUUUUCUGAAAGGAAAUUUUUUUCAAGAGUUUUCUCAUCAAAUAUGAAAAACCGAAAAGAACAAGAAAAUGUAUGAAUAUAUUAGUAAAAUAUUAUGAUUUUUUUUUUUUUUUGUGUACAACUUUGAUUCACUUGUUAAAUUAAGGAUAUUGUAUUGAAGUGAUUGUAAUCCAAUAGUUUUAAAUAGUUUUAAGAAG